UAUGCAUGUCCUCCUCUGCCCUCUCCUCAUAUUUAAGUAUUUGAAAGCUGUAAUAUUCAUUCCCUUCUUCUUUCUUCUUCUUCUAUGAUUCACUUUUUGAUCCCUGAGACAGAAGACAACCUUAAAAGUUAAAAAAUUUGAUUGGUGUGUCUGCCAUGUCCAUCACUGAGCCCAUGUCAAGUACUCCUACUACUGCUACUACAAAUAAUUGGAUCCCAUUACUAUAUCAUCAUCAUCAAUUGCAACCUAAUUUCCCAAAUUAUAUUAACCAAAUCGAAGCCCCAAUCUCAACAAUUUCCUCCACCACCACCGCCGCCACCAUCACCGCAACCGCCGCCGCCGCCGCCGCUGCCAGUCCCCUGAGGCCUAUUCACGGCCGCAUAUCCAGGCCCGUCCGGAGGCGGGCUCGGGCUUCACGGCGCACUCCGACGACCCUACUCAACACCGACACCACCAACUUCCGAGCCAUGGUGCAACACUUCACCGGCGGCCCCGCCGCUCCCGGCCUUCAUCUCCCCCGGCCGCAACCAACCUCUGCCACCGUCCCGGCGGCGGACCCGACGGCGAUGUUCCGGAAUGAGGAGUUUGCGCACCAAUUGCAGCAACACAUGGCCAUGAUGGAUAGCAUGCACGGCGGCGGAGGUGGCGGCACGGCCCCCGCCGUAUCCACCUCCGGCGACGAGGAGUGGGAUCUCGAUACUUUCCUGCAGUCAUGAAGAAGAAUUAAUGGUGCUGACUUUUCUUAAUUUGGUUGUUUGUAUAUUCUGCCUUAAUUUUUAUUUUUUUCAUUUAUAUAUAUAUAUAUAUAUACUAUAUUCACACUUCGAUCAAUUAUGUUCACUAGUUUGGCUACCCUUAUCUUUUUAUUACUAAUAAGUACUUAUGGAUUUUUUCAAUAAGAUGGAAAUUCUCCAUUAUUAUUAUUAUUAUUAUUAUUAUUAAUGGGAUAAAUAACCUUAAGUUUAAAUAAAGUGCAGUGUGUACGAGACACUUACAUAUAAGGGUAUAAUUUGUAUAUUCACUUGUUAGACUACUACCCUAAGCUUUGGAGCUACAAAUAUUUUGUUUUUGGGUUUGUUUGGUUAUGAUUGAUAUAAUGUUCUGUUAAAAGAUAUUGUAUUUUUUAUUGAAAUUAUUUAAAUUUAAAAUACAAACCAACCAACCAACCCAUUAUUUAUGCUAUGAGAAUAUAAUGUUUUAUAAUUUGUAUUGGCACUGGCAGGAAAUAGAUCCGAUCCAGUACUUGAUGAGAUUGGUUGCUUUGCUUUCUUGGUUUUGUCUUCUCUCUUUUGUAGUAGUAGUAGUCGAUGUUAUUGUUGAAAUGUGCCAACAUAGAU